AGUUAAACGUGCUUGCGCCCCAAACAGGUUACCUUUUCAAAUACUGUUUAACAAAUGCAUGAAGGAGGACAAAGUCCCGAAAGUUGCCAGUUUCACAAAUGCAAUGCAUUCUCUCCGGUUUAGUGUAAAGUUAAAUUUCCAAUAUGGUAGGAGAGGUUGUUGUUGUACAGUCGGCUGUUGUCAUGUCCCCGCAGUGCCGGUAGUGGUGCUGUAAGGAGAGUCUGCUGAUGACCGAACUAAAACCCCAACAAGCUCUAUACUGCUAUUUUUUGUUGCAGAUAAACUACAUUUAUUUGAAUCAUGGAUCCCAGCAAAAACAUUCACGGAUAGAAAAAGGCUCGUUUAAAUUAAAAAUACCGAAAAUCAGUGCAUAUAUAGCCCGGUUAUUUAUAAUUAGCAUUUCCAGACUCCGUCCGGAGUGGAUAUUACAUACUGCACAUACCAAUUGAAGCUGAUGUUCUCAAGGACCAGAGUCACGUGAUGUUUGAAGGCAAACACAUACACUUCUCGGAGGUGGACAAUAAGCCACUGUGCUCGUACAGCCCGAAGCUGUGCAAGCAGCGCAGGCUCAACGGCUACGCCUUCUGUAUCCGCCAUGUCCUGGAGGACAAGACCGCCCCGUUCAAGCAGUGCGAGUAUGUGGCCAAGUACAACAGCCAGAGGUGCACCAACCCCAUCCCCAAAUCCGAGGACCGCAGAUACUGCAACAGCCACCUGCAGGUCCUGGGCUUCAUCCCCAAGAAGGAGAGGAAGAAGAAGCAGGACGUGUUGGACGAGAUGCACGGGCGCCCCCACCUGGAGGCCGUGGCCCUCAACAUCACGGUGCCACCGCUGGCUCUGAGGACGCCCAACGGUCUGGAUGAGCCGCCGCCCUCCCCAACCCGCGGCCGCUUCUUGGCCCCUUCCGAGCUGGAGCUCCUGGACCCAUUCGCCUUCCACGAAGACGAGACGGACGGGGAGGAGGGAGCUGCCGCGCGCAAGGGCUCCGCGGUCAGGAAGAGGCUGCAGAGCAGGCUAGCGCUUGACCCAGCGCUACGGUUGUGUAACUCAAACACCCUUUUGCCCCCACCAGAGCGCUUUAGCCCCUCCCCUCGACCGUGCCAGACGCCACCCUGCUCGUCCUCUCCCCUUCUUCCCGCCCUCCCGUCUCAGCAACCUGAGCGCUCAUACCUGACUGCCCCCAGCUGCCCCACGCCCCCACAGGGUUUGUUAUGCAAGGCGGCCCCGCCUCCACAGGUUGGCCCCUCUCCAGCCAGUGGCAACGCCCCCACACAGCCCACGGGCCCCAUCCCCAGCAGGAAGACCACACCCACUACCACACCCACUGCCACGCCCCUGCCGCCUGGCAGCCAGGGCAGUCCACAGAGGCGUGUGGUGGUGAUGCACCCUGUGGAGUUCUCCCCUCCGCCCGCCUGCCUGGCGCGAAUUCGGCGCCUUGUGCAGCUCUGCUCCAAGAGACACCGGCAGCAUGGCGACCUCUUCCCUCACCUAGUGUCCGUUCUUUUGUGCGCAGGAUUAGACUGGUCCGAGGACAGCACGGAUGACGAGGAGGAGGAGAUGGAGAGAAUUCUGUCGUACGAGUGCUCCCGGAGGGCGCAGGAGCGACACCUGCAGGACGACUCAGACGAAGAUGCCGACAGCCCCCGCACCACCAGGCUGGUCCGACUGUGUAGCUUCCUGCAGCAGAAAUACAAGCUCCUCUGCCGACAGGAGAGAGCAGCCAUGCGUCAGAAGAGAUACCGUUAUGCCUUCCGCAAAGCCCUACUGCAGGCAGCCAGCAAGGACCCGGACUGUACUGGCCGCCUCAUCCAGGAACUGCGCAGUGCCCCCCGGGCACCAACCAGCACCAGGAUGUCAUCUGCGCCGCCCAGUCCAGAGUCUGGAUGCUGCACGGGCAGCACUGGGGGCCAGGCCUGCCGCGGCAGGGCGCUGCCCUUCACCCGGCACUGUUUCCAGCACAUCCUGUUGAACCGCUCGCAGCAGCUGUUCUGCAGUUGCACCGCCAAGUUCGCCGACGGCCAGCAGUGUCCCGUGCCCGUGUUCGACAUCACGCACCAGACGCCGCUCUGCGAGGAGCACGCCAAGAAGAUGGAUAACUUUCUGCGGGGCGACAGUAACCGGCGCAUCCAGCACCAACAGCAGCGGAAACCGCGCAAGAAGAGCAAGCCCCCUGCGCUCACCAAGAAACACAAGAAGAAGAGGCGGAGAGGGCCCCGGCGGCCGCAGAAGCCCAUCCCCCCCGCCGUGCCCCAGGGCAACCUGGGAAUGCCCUCCAGCCUCUCAUUGCCCUCACAAGCUGCCAGUAUCAGGAGUCCAUCGACUCCGGACCUGAGUGCAGAUGAGCUUCCAGAUGACAUCACCAAUGACAUCACAGACAUUCCAAAUGACCUCGAGCUGAACCAGGAGGACUUCUCGGACGUGCUGCCCAGGCUUCCGGAUGACCUGCAGGACUUCGAUCUGUUCGAAGGCAAGAACGGCGAGCUGCUCCCCACCACGGAGGAGGCGGAGGAGCUCGUCCGGGCCCUCCAGGCCAUGGGCUCCUACCCGGACUCGCUGGUGUGCCUGAGCUCCAUGGGGGAGCUGUCCCAGCCGGACGGACCGGACCAGCGCUCCAUGGCCACGUUCACCGGGCCGGGGACGCCGGGUGGGGGCAUGGGCGACCUUCUGAACGGACGCCUCCCCGCCGAGAAUUUCACCAGCCUGGAGCUGGAUGACAACCUCCUGCACUCGGCCGGGGGCCCGUUCCCGCCGGCGCCGUCGCCCCAGGCCCCGCCCAUCCCGCCUGCCCCGACCCUGACCGCCGCCAUCAGGGGCGCCGCCCCCUCCCCUGCUGGGCUCCUGACGGACCGGACGUUUCCGGCUCACCCCUCCCACCUCCUGGCCAAGGCUGAGGCUGAGGCCCCGCUGGCCGCCCCCCCGCACUAUGGCAGCGAGCAUGUGCCCUCACCCUACAGCGACCACAUGUCGUCCCCCCGGCCCGGGCCCUUCCAGACGGAGCCACCCCUGCUGUUGGAGGUCCCCCUCAGCGGCGUGCCGUGUCCCACCCGCUCGCCCUGGAGCAGCCUGCCUCUCUCCCUCACUGACCCCACGCACUUUGGCAGUCUGGUUGGCCCCGAGGGCCACCUGAUGUCCACGUCCCUGUCCACCCCCCCCUCCAGCACACAUUCGGCUACCAUCCAGCCCACGGCUGCCCUCUCGGCUCUCCCCCCAAGCGGCCUGACGGGCCUGACCGUUCCCGCCCCCUCCUCGUCUGCCGCUUCCUCGUCCUCCACCUCUUUUCAUGACCUCAUGACCUCCGGUCAGCCCAAGCAGCAGCUCCCCCAGUUCAGCGCCGUCUUCGGUCAUCAGCUGGUGUCACACAGCGGCAUUCCCAAGGACGUUCAGCCCAGCCACAGCUCUACGGCUCCCCCUACAGGUUUUUCCAUCGCCAGCGCCACCGCGGCCAGUGCCAACAACACGGCGCCCCCCUUCAGCAAGCAGUGACCUGGGAGUGUGCGCAGUGCAGGACGCAGAGGACCAGCUCCGGGGCGCCAUUGGCCACAGGGAGGACAGAGAGGGACGUCGUCCGAGAGAGAGAAUCCCCGCCCUGCUGGCUGGAGCUGCCCUGCCUGGUUUGGUGAGCUGCUGAUCCGUUCUUCAGGUCUUCGGAUCACAGCCCUCUCGGCCUGCCCCACCCAAGUCUGCGACCCGCCUUGCUAGCACAGCGUAGUCGCCAGCGUGACGGGGGCUGUGUCACCCCCUGGGGGGCUCCCACAGCACCCGCCCCUCCCUCGCCUGCUACGCUGUUAAGGAUUAACGAGCCUGAUGAUUGUGCCCGAGGGCUGGGGGGCUGCUCUCGAGGUCACGCCGUUUCUAUCAGACUCAGAAACUCAAGCUCCGAGGUCUGAGCAGGCCGCACUCUGACUGUGGAUCCCUUCUGGGCUCUUGGUUGGAUGCCAGAGUUUCAAGCAAUAACCUGUCAUUAUUAUUUUUUUAUCAGAGUAUUUCAGCACAUAGUAUUGGCACCGCCUCUGUAUUCAUACCUUCACCAAUUAACCAUUCAUAGCAGACUUAGAGUGCUGGGCCUGUUUAUCCUCAUAAAACCCUAAAGAGAAAUUUGUGGAAUAUCACGAAAACUGAAUGUCUGGCAAAGAGCAGAUGGUCACUCGGGUCAGGGAGCUUAUCCUUGGUUGGGAAGGAGAAGUAUGUAACACCUGGAAAAAAUGCAAAAAGUUCUAUCCUGUCAGUGAAGACAACAAAACAUCCAUUGGUUCAAAGUGUCCCAAAUCUUUUCAGUGGUGCUCUUUCAGUCUCAGUGCAAAAGCGGCCUUUCACAGGACGCCCUGGAUCGUGACUACCUGCGUCCCAGCGAGUGGGGGGUGGGGUAUGGUGUCUAUGCUUCAGAAACUCCAACAGUGUCGUGCGCCAUUGUGUCUGAGAUGCCCGGUUAAGCGGCUUGGGAGCCAGAGGGGUCCUUCUUAGAGACUGUAAUUCUGGGAGCAUCACAGGCGUCCGUGUAGUGGGAGCGGAAUCGUGUCCGGGGGGCUCAGGGGGACAGGGGAGGGCCCAGCUCUCAUUGGCCGGGGGGACGAGGUGACCCGUGUCAUACUGCUGUCUGACUGGAGGCUUCCGUCCCUUUAAGCGUCCGGAUGUUAAAACAGGUGGGAAGUCAAAAAGAAAUUACCUGGUGUAACUGCUCCAACUGCUUUACCGAUGGUUUUAUUACAGCACUAAACAUGGGUUUUGGUAGCGUUUUUUUAGGAACUGGAAUAUUAUAACUAUUGUUAUAAGUAUUUAAUAUAUUUAUAGAGUAGCGGUCUCAACAUUGGGUUUUAUUGGUGAGUCAAAAUGAGUGAUAUGGAAUGAAAAUUGAAAACUUAUUUGCGAAUUAUAACUGAUGGAGCCAGUGUUUUGUGGAGUAUCUGUGAGCUUUUUAAUAGCUAUCAGAAUCAUCUCGUGAUGGUUUGUUCUCUUCACAGGCUGAAUGGAUGCAGUAGGCUGUGUGUUGUGGAAUUUGUGUCCCUUUCUAUUGAGCAACUUUAAUUAAGUAGCUGUGAGUAUCUAUGAUGGCUUGGUGCACUUUUUGAUAGCUAUUAAAGUCCACACAGCAGUUGCCGCCAAACAGCUGGACCGAGUAUGGGGGGGGGUGGAUAGAAGCUGUCGCCCAUAAACCAAACGUCCUUAACUUUUUGGGUCGCUUUUCCAGACUCUUACUUGAGGAUGUCCUUAAGCACUGAUGUGAAAUUUGCAAACCUGAGACUAAUGCAAACUCAGACUCUUAGCCUUGGCUAAUGCUAACUUAUACUCUUAGCCUUGGCUAAUGCUAACUCAGACUCUUGGCUUUUGCGAUAGAAGGCACUGUACCUGCAGCCUUGUAGAAUUAGUACAGGAGCAGCAAAACUACAUCCUCUUGGCUGUGGUCAGCCACGAUUGGCUCUCAGGAUCAUUAAUCCCCUCCCCAGCUCUGACCUUUGACCUUUGUUAGGACAUGCCCCCUCUCUUUGACCUUGUCAGGACACAGACCCAGCUGUGGGGAAGGGCCUCCCCAAGUCUUAGGGAUCAUGAAGCCCAAAGUAUGGAUGGAUUUUAAUGUGCUGAGUCCCAUUUUCGACUGGUGUUCUUUCGUAGCAGUACAGAGUUAUGCCAGCUGGGAUUUAUAGCUUGUGUUUUUGCUCAAGUAGGGAGGAGACCCCCCCCCCCCCCCAAUAUCAAAAGGAGAAAAUUAUUCUACAGCUCUAAAGGUUCUGGUUACCAGCCGAGAUCCAGAGCGGCAGACAAAUUCCUAUACAUUGAAUGUACUGUAUUACUGUUUUUAAAGAUAAUAGGACGAGCUAAUAAUCUAGUCACCUUUUGUUAUUUGUCCUUGUUUAAGUUAAGGUAUUUUUUGUAUACAAAGGUUUACAUUUUUAUGUAUAUUUUUCUUGUGUACAAAUGAUGUAAUUAUGUGUAAAAACACUGUAUGUAACAUCUGUAUAUAACGUGGCGAAUCGAUCUUUGUUUUUGGAUGUAUGAAUAAAAACUUGCUGUGAGGUA